AGUUUAACGCUAGUGUCAUAUAUUGUUAAUACCUUUAACAACAUUAUUACUGUAGUAUAAUGUACUGGUGUCUCCGCUCCCCUCCUGUAUACAGUAUAUUUAUUGUGUUUGUGAGCUUUCUGUGCGGUUUGUUUACCAGCUGUGUGACAUGUAGCAUCAGGUGUGUGACGUCAGCUGGACCUGGACAGGUAUGAAUGCUGCAAAGAGAGAAAUCAAAGUAAAAAGAGUUUCCUCAAGAAAAAGGUCGAGAGACAUCCUGAAGACUCACCUGACACCUGCCAGAAAGAGAGGAGGAGGAGGAGGAGGAGGAGGAGGAGAGCAAUGUCCCAGAAACUGGAGGCUCAGCAGCAUCAUGGCUGAUAUAAAAGCUGUUGAGUACUGCAGUGACAGUGAGGACUUAUUUGGGGACUAUGACAGCAUCUUGGAGGACAGCUCUCUCUUGGCAAAGCUGGACGAUGCAGAGCAGAAUGAAAGGCAGCGUGACCUCCAGACCGAAGCUGUGGAUCAGCGAGACUUCACGACUCUGCGUCCAUCGAACGAGGACAUCCUCGGCGAGGACAUCCUCACAGACUCCAUCUUGGACGGCCUCGGAGACGAACCCUUCGAGGACUUACCGGCCAGCCGGCUUGAAUUUCAAGAACGAGUUCAUGAAAAUGCAAAGAGGAGCAAACUGCAGGACGGAGAUAAAACCUCUACACCUUUUAGAAACUCGGACGUAGAAAGAAACACGGAGGAUAAAACCAAGAGACAGAUGAAGGCGAGGAGGAGCGUGACCGACCAGCUGAAGAGGACGAUGCUCUGCAACGCCGCCGCUCCCUCCGAGGUUUCUCACUCUGUGGUGCUGAAAGAAGUGGUGGUUUCUGAGGAGAUCAGCGUCGCCAUGCAGGCCAUGGAGACUGUAUCUGCUCAGACAACCAACCUCGGACCUUUCUUUGGACUUCCCACCAAAGUGAAGGAACUCAUCUACAAACUGAGAGGAAUCAAGAGCCUUUAUGAUUGGCAGGAGACGUGUCUGAACCUGGACUGUGUUCAUCAGAGGAAGAAUCUGAUCUACUCGCUUCCCACCAGCGGAGGGAAAACUCUUGUCGCAGAGAUCCUCAUCCUCAGAGAGCUGCUGUGCAGGAAGAAGGACUGUCUGUUCAUCCUACCGUACAUAUCACUGGUGCAAGAGAAGGUACGUGGGUUAGCGAGCUUUGGUCUGGAGCUGGACUUCAUGGUGGAGGAGUACACUGGCAGCAAGGGCAAGUUUCCUCCAGUGAAGAGACGAAACCAGAGGUCUCUGUACAUCGCUACAAUAGAAAAAGCUCACAGCCUGGUCAACUCUCUGAUCGAGACCGACAGGCUGGAUAACCUCGGGCUGCUGGUGGUCGAUGAGCUUCACAUGCUGGGCGAUGGCAGCAGAGGGGCUGUUAUUGAAAUGACUCUGGCUAAAGUUCUGUAUAUGAGCAAAAUUGAUCUCAGCGCGCCAUGUUUGAGGAUGUCUCGAUUCAUAAAAUGCAUCUCGAGGAGAGAGGAGGCUUACUGGAGGAGCUAUGAGCGAGGAUACACAGGUGUAUCCUUUGCGGAUGUUUUUCGACACCUGUGACGUAUAAAAGAGGCG